UGAGGCCUCCGUCGAGCCCCGCCGCCGCGCCCCGCCGUCCCGCCGGGCAUGAGCCGGGCAAGCGGCCUUCCUCCUCGCUGAGCGCCGCCCUCGCCAUGGCCCAGGCCGAGAAGAUGGAGCUGGACCUGGAGCUGCCUCCGGCCGGGAGCGACGGCGGCGGCCUGAGGCGCUCCAACAGCGCGCCGCUCAUCCACGGCCUCAGUGAUAAUUCGCAGGUUUUUCAGCCUUAUGUCUUACGAACCCGCAGGAACAGCACAACAGUUAUGAACCGGCAUAGCAUGCUGAUAUCAUCAUCUCCGAUCCGUAUCCCUAGUAGUCGACUCCAUCAGAUCAGAAGGGAGGAAGGAGUGGACCUGAUGAACAGAGAAACAGCCCAUGAAAGGGAAGUGCAAACAGCAAUGCAGAUAAGCCAGUCAUGGGAAGAAAGCUUGAGCCUGAGCGACAACGACUUGGACAAAUCUGAAAAAUCUUCCUCUCCAAAGAGAAUAGACUUCAUUCCUGUUUCUCCAGCUCCUUCACCCACCAGAGGUAUAGGAAAGCAAUGCUUCUCACCGUCUCUGCAAAUGUUUGUGAGCAGCAACGGAUUGCCUCCGAGCCCUAUUCCUAGUCCCACGAGGAGAUUUUCAAAGAGGAGUCAGAGUCCAAUCAACUGUAUCAGGCCCAGCGUACUUGGUCCCAUUAAAAGGAAAGGUGAAAUGGAAACCGAAAGCCAGCCAAAGAGACUUUUCCAAGGAACCACGAACAUGCUUUCCCCUGAUGUCACCCACCUGACUGACCUCAGUUCAUGUUUGUCUUCGGAUAUCCUGGAUGGGAGCACCAGCAGCAUCAGCUCUUCCUCCGACUCCUUGGCCAAAGGCAGCACCACCACCGAAUCGCCCCUCGCAUGCUCCAACUCCUGCUCUUCCUUCCUCUUGAUGGACGACCUUUCACCCAAGUGACUUUUCCCAGGGCGGGGUCGACGUCUGCCCGUUCUCUGUCCUCUCGCUCUGCAUACGCGCUGAGAAAAUCCACAGAAAAUAAAUCCUCCAGGACCUGAGGAUUUUAAGUACUGAGUGGAAAUAUGAAAGCAACUUUAAUUCUUAGCAACUUCUCCGACUGGUUUUGAUGAUCUUUACUCUUUCAACCGACACGUCAGGCCCUUAACGAUAGGUCUUUUUGGCUGUCUGGUUUUGCAGCUUUUUGUUUUUAAAUCCAACCCGAUAUUUUACCCGUAUCUGUUGAAAUCAUUACUAUCUUUGCUUUCAAAGAAACCGCAACGCUUUUUAGAAUUUUUCAAGACAAGCACCUAAUUUAUAUUAGUGUGAAAAUGGUAGGCGGGGAAGCCUUUCGCUGUUGCUAUCAUGGUCGUGGGUUCUGGAGGUAAAGGAUGGGGGUGAGAGAAUUGUUAGAAAACUGUCCUUGUUCAACGUGCUUUUUUUUUUUUUUUUAAAGAAUAAGCUAGAUUGCUCUAGAAAUUCAUUUAGGGGGAAGAAAUGAACUGUUUCUGCUGGACAACGGCACAUUCUGGGCCCCUUCUCCCCUCCCCUCCAUUCACAAUACCCCUAAAGAAUUAUUUCAUAGUAGGAACUUCUUUAUUUCUCAGUUGCAUCUUCUACUUUUUCAUUUCCAGAGAAGAGGAAGAGGUUGCAAAAUUGCCCUUCGUGGUUGAAGCAGCAGCGGCUGCCGCCGUCGUCACCUCUGAGAACCAAAACACUUUGUGAAGGCUGGCUCCGUUGCAGCCGAGUAUCCGUAGCAGACGGAGGAAGAUUUAACUCACCUGCUGUUUCUGGGCUUGUACAGAGAUGGCUUCCAAGGCUGCAGGGAUGACCAGUUGCAAAAAUAUUUUUUGGGGGGGGGAGAAGGGGAAAGGGGCAAUUGUUUGGGCUAUCAAGUAGAAUAUGUCAAAUAGUCGGUGUCUCCCGCGGCACUGAGCAACGUUUGUGCCUUAGGAGACCUAGUAAAAGAACGGAAGAAUGUAAGCAAAGGACCUGGGUGGAGAGGAAAGGCUUUAAGGGGAGGGGGCUCGUACCAGGUGCUUCUGUCCUCCUGCUGCUCUUUGGUGGCUCCUGAGGGGCUGGAAGGGGAGAAGAUCCUCCCAGCUCUUCAGGGUCAGGUUUGCCUGGAAGGCAGCAGCCACAAGGCAAGCUUAAUGGCCAGAAAGGCUCCCUGUUUGUUGGGCUCGAAACACUUGUUGGUCUGUAAGGAGCUUACCUUUAAACCAGGAGGCGGGAUAAACCUGUAGUAGCUUAGCUCAGUUUGGGCUACAGCAAAUGGUUUAUUUACUUCUUGAGAUCUAACCAGGCUUAACCAACAGAAAAGAGAUCCACUUGUAAUCUACUGUGUUAUGCUAUUUAUUAUUUAUAACUGUAAAAAAAAAAAAAGUCUGGUGUUGAAUUAUAGUAUUUUUUUAUGAUUGAAACCCUUUUUUAUGUUUUGUGAGUGCUGGCUAGUCUGUAUUGAAUAGGCAACCUUGUCUGCCAAAAAAAAAAACCCCAACCCAAUGUAUGCUUCCCUUUUUGAAUGUUUGUGAGUAUCCACACGCUCUUUUUGUCAAAAUCCAAGUUUGGGGAGGGGGGUUUCUCCCCCCUGCCCUCUUUGGGUAAGAUAAUAGCACUGAAUUUGACAUGGGAUUGUGCUGACCUGCAAGGCACAGGAAUCUGCCAAUGUUUGCCUAUCUAAGAAGGGGAGGGGGAAAGACCCAUAGAGAAAGACUUUCAUUUUCCGUACUUUUAGCAUUUUGGUUUUGAAAGUGUUUGUUUGGAAUUGUAAUAAGUACUACAUUCGGGCAAGCUGUGCCUCCGUUAUUGUGAUCUCACUAUGGAGAGUUAGUUUCCCCACUUCCAAUAAAUAUUGUAAGAUA